GAUUUGUUUUCUUUUCUCAGAGGAGGAAGAGUGGUCACAAAUGGAGCAGCCGCGAUCGGAUGGGUGUUAAGACUUCGUUGCUCCCCGUGAAGGCGUUUGGAAGUCGGCGAGAGAACGACUUGUGAGACCGACGGCGUCCAUCAAGGCAGCAGCAGAGGGACUCGCGAACAUCUCUUUAAAGAAAAAAAUGAUGCGGGGGGUCGCGUGAAUGGGGUCUCUUUAAUAGCUACCGAGCGAUGCCAUUGGAGGACUCCUGCGCGUAGUGAAAGAUAAACAAACGCGCGGGCGCAGAGCCGCGAUUUGCUUCCAGCUCCGCCGCGUUCGGAAAUGCUUCCCAAAUCGGUCAGCCUCGAGGGGCAGCGGAAAGAGCGCUGACCUGGAACCGGGGGCCCCGGGAUUGCUUGCCUUAGAACUUUUCCUUCUGGGGGUGGAGGAGAGAAGGUGGGUGGCGGGCAGGAAGGAGGCGCCCGGACCUCUAAUGGAGAGCGGCGUGCUGGCUCAGGCUCGCUAAUCGCUACGAGGAGCUGCGAGGAGGAGAGAGCGGAGUGUGGAUCUGACAGCGGGAAGAACAGAAGAAUCGCGUCAAAAGCGGGGGGAGGACAGGAUGGCUGAGGGGUCUCCCCCCGCCCCCUUGUCCCAUCUGGAUGUGGAGCUGGACCCCGAGUUCGAGCCCCAGAGCCGCCCUCGCUCCUGUACGUGGCCCCUGCAGAGGCCCGAGCUCCAAGCGAGCCCGGCCAAGCCCUCGGGAGACGCGGCCGCUGACGCUGCCUCCAUGAUUCCGGAGGAGGACGACGACGCUGACGACGAGGAGCAAGGGGGCACCUCAGCCGCGGCCGUCCCCGGCGGCGGCGGCGAGGCUCUUGCUUCGGAGGAGACGGCCCGCCUGCUGGGCGGGCAGCAGCAGCAGCAAGGAGCGGUGGCCGCGCCGAGAAAAUGUUCGUCCCGGAGGAACGCGUGGGGGAACUUAUCCUACGCGGACUUGAUCACCCGCGCCAUUCAGAGCUCGCCGGAGAAGCGCCUCACCCUGUCCCAAAUCUAUGAGUGGAUGGUGCGCUGCGUGCCCUACUUCAAGGAUAAGGGCGACAGCAACAGCUCGGCUGGCUGGAAGGUCAUAUCCCACUCCUACAUCAGUCAAAUCAUUCCUAUGCCCGUAUGCGGUGGAAAGAAAGAUCAAUCAACAUGGGGUGUAAUGGGGUAUCUGUGGUUCUAGAGAUAUUGCUGAACAACAGUAUCCAGUAUCCUUUCCCCUUGGGUGUAAUUGCUAGGGCUGCAAAGAGCUAUACUUCACCAGUAUCUGGAGGCCCGUUAGCUUUGCACCAUGUCAAAGAAGAACAAUAUGGUGAGGCAGCAAGAAUCCUGAUGAGAUUUAGGUUUGGAUCUCAUGUAGCCAUAAAACUUGCUGCAUGACCUUCUCUUCCUCCCUUCCUUCUGCCUAACUGACCUCACAGGUUUGUUGUGAAGUUAAAGUGGGUAGAGCAUAGAGAAACAGAAAUGUGCUUCAGGGUGCUUAUUGUUUUGCCCAUUCCUCUUCACGCCACCCAGCCGUAAGUUUUCAUGGACUGGAAAUGAUUUAAUUCCACUUUGGACUACUUGCAAGAAGUACAGAAUAAAAUCCUAAUACCAUAAUAAGUGCUCUGUACUCCUCUUUCUAACAGAACUUCCUCUUUUCAUUAUCUAGGUACUGACUUUUGUUAUAGUAAAGAUAACAAGUUCCAGUUCACUUGACUAUAUGGUGAGCAUUCCUACACAGAACGUGCUUGCAUGGACAUUGUAACAUGUCUCAAGUAUGAAAGCAAGAUAAUCUUUGCCAUUGGUCUUAGUCAAAAAUCUAUGUGGGGCUGUGGCAUUUGAGAAAUCAGUAUGUUGGUCUUAUUUCUUGCCUUAAUAUACCUUAACGAUGUUGUAUUCUAUGGUGUCUGAGUUUUUCUUAACAUUUGUUUUUUUAAAAAAGUUGUUUUGAUUUUUGUUUUACAUUUUCACAUCUGAGGAUACUUUAUUUUAACAAGAGUUAGUAGGUACUAACAUGGAGGGAAAAUGUAAAAUGCU